GUGGCAGCAGCAGUGGCAGGUCAUGGCACGUUACACCUUCUCAGCAGCAGCAGCCCUGGGCUGUUUAGGCAAAUGAGAGUGUGUGGCUGGCAGAGGCAGGGCAUUUACCCUCUCUCCCCCUCUCUUUACUGCCUCUUAUUCAGAUUUGGGUCAGGGGUGAGGAUUUCUCACGUCACACAGUCUUGCAGGCAAGAUGGCGCUCGGAAAGCUGUGAGAUGUGAAAACAGAAGGACUGUUUGAAGAGCUCCUUUCGAUGCAUUAAGGUUUCAUAGGUGAAGAAAAAGAAGUUGGAAAUGGAAUUGCCAAAUCAUGCCAAACAAUUGCUGCUGCAGCUAAACCAACAAAGAGCCAAAGGUUAUCUGUGUGAUGUGAUCAUAGUAGUAGAGAAUGCCCUUUUUCGGGCCCACAAGAACAUCCUGGCAGCCAGCAGUAUCUAUUUCAAAUCCCUUAUCCUUCACGACAACUUGAUUAACCUCGACACGGACAUGGUCAACCCGUCGGUUUUCCGGCAGAUUCUAGACUUCAUUUACACCGGCAAGCUUUUGUCAUCCGAUCAGUUCAGUGACCACAAUUUCAAUGCCCUUCUAACGGCAGCAAGCUACCUCCAGCUUCACGACCUGGCUACUCUCUGCAGGAAGAAGCUAAAGCGUAACGGGAGAUCCCUCCUUAAUAAACCAACCACCCCUACCAAUGGAAGAACAUCUAGGAACCAAAGGCUGUCCUCUACAUCUGUAACUCCAAACCAAAUGUCAGGGUUAAAAGACAGUGAGAAGACAAAGAGGCACAAAGAGCUACUCAAAGAUGACUUGUCUGAGGAUGAGAUGUUUGUGAGAAACGCCCACUGUGCAACCUCAGCGAAUUCGCUCAGUCCCUCAACGAGUAAGAAUGGAAGCAACGGCAGUUGUGGCAUGCAGGAACUUGGCCUAGACCUUUCCAAGAAAAGCCCCUCAGGGAGCACAGCCACUGAAGAAGUAAGUCCCAGCAGCAUCCCACAAGAAUCACCUCAAUCUGCCUCAGAAUCCACAGCCAACAGUGCCUCAUUUGAUGAGAACACCAACACGCAGAACCUCACCCCUGGAGAGCCCAUGGAGCUGGGUGGAGGAGAAUGUGAAGAGAGCCAACUGCCUCCAGACAUCGACCAGCAUAAAAGUUCCCGGCAGGUUGCCCGGCAGAGGCGGCAACCCAAGAGCGAAGGCAACAAAGGUGAAGAUGCAGAACGAGGAACUUUACCCAACGGAGUUGCGAAAAGAUUGAAUGUGGCUGGGGAGAGGCUCCCUGGUGGGGGAAAUGGCAACUCUGAAGUAUCCUUCCAGUGUAAAGAUGAUGAGGAAGGUUUAGAGAAUGGACAGGAGCAAAGUGAAGAGAGUGGACAGAGCGAGAGUGAAGGUGGGCGGAAUAGCGCCAAUUACGUCUACCGUCAAGAAGGCUUUGAGCCUGCCCUCGGUGACAACCUUUAUGUUUGCAUCCCCUGUGGUAAAGGCUUCCCAAGCUCAGAGGAGCUGAAUGCCCAUGUGGAGACCCACACAGAGGAAGAGUUGUACAUCAAAGAGGAGGAUGAUGAUUCAUAUCCAAAGGAAGAUGAAGUAGAAGCGGAAGACUUGUCUUCGCAAAUAACCCAUGUCCACAGCACUGAGUCGCGUCGCUUCAGCUGCUCGGUCUGCAACAAGAGCUACAAAGAUCCGGCCACUCUUCGACAACACGAGAAGACCCACUGGCUCACCCGUCCCUUCCCCUGCAACAUCUGCGGCAAGAUGUUCACUCAACGCGGCACCAUGACGCGCCACAUGCGCAGCCACCUGGGGCUGAAGCCAUUCGCCUGCGAGGAGUGCGGCAUGCGCUUUACCCGCCAGUACCGGCUCACAGAGCACAUGCGGGUUCACUCAGGUGAGAAGCCGUACGAAUGUCAGCUAUGUGGAGGCAAAUUUACCCAGCAGCGUAACCUCAUUAGCCACCUACGAAUGCAUACCUCCCCGUCAUAAGCCAAAGACACAUUGAACAGGAGACCCUCAGCAAAAAGAGUCAAUGCACACUUCUUCCUUUUGAAGUAGACUGCAAGGAGCCAAUAACCCAAAGCAGGAUUUCUUCUGCUAUAAAUUACAGGAGGAGCCUUUCAAACAACGAGCCCCAACAAUGGAAAGAAUAAACCAGUCGGUAUGAGUUUAUGGGCUUAUGAUUUUUUUCCUUUUUGAAUUUUGCUGUGAAUGUAAAACUGGGGUACUAAUGCUGUUGUAUGAUUCCCUGGGAUAUUUUGACCACUCUCAACCACUGCAAUCCAUGCAUUGCUUUUACGAUAUGUCUUGAGUCCAUGUGGUCUGUCUGGUUCGUUUUUUGGUAUCCCAGAAUUAUUCCUUCUUUCCAUUCUUGGUCCUUGAUAAAGUACCACUCUUGAGAGUUCUGGUGGUAUAUUUUAUGUAAAACUCUCAGCAAGGUUUGGGCUUGUACUUACCAAGUUAUUCUAUACACAAAGGUUCUAAUUCUUUGAAGUGUCUCCUAAGAUAGUGUUGUUAGACGUGCAAGAUGGCUUGUCUGUCAUCAUUUAGGUCGUGUUUCAUAAAAGCUUUGUGCAUCCAACCAAACAUUUCCCAGUAUACCUACUCUGCACAUCACAUCCAUUGGCUUUAUUCUAGGUGUAGCUGGAAAACAGGGUCUUUGAUAAGUUUUGUACUGUGGUUGAUAAAUCGGUUAUCAGAUUUUGCAUGGAUAUAACCUAAUGUGCCCUGCUUCAACAUCUGGAUGCAAGCCAAUGGCAAAGUGGUGACGAGAGGCCAUGGGUGUUUACUCACAUAGUAUAUAGGGGUUUACUCUCAAAGAAAAGCCAAACUUAAAGGUACUUUUUAGAUAUCUUUAGAUAACUUAUUGAUAUGCUUCUGUGAAUGUUUUAACUGGAAGUUCUUUCCUUUAUUUCUUUUGGGAUAAGCGAGGUUUGGGUGAUGGGUUGGGUAGGGUUCAUUUUAGUGAUAUCUAACUUCAGAAAUUCUGUCAGUACUGUUAUUUUUCACUUUUUUGAUUUAAGUUUUUCCCUUCACUGAACAAGACGAGUCUGUACGGUCUUGUCUCAUUGCUACCUCUUAAUUAAGAACCUUAAUUGGAACUAUGGAGGUCUCUGAAUAUAGAUGUAUAAAGUUUGCUGAGGCUUUCAAAGUAGUAGUAACCUGCCCAUCAACAAAGGUUUUAAGUUUUAAAAGCAUUAAUUUAGAGAAUAGCUUCUUUGGGCGCAUGUAUUUAAGGUAUUGAGAGUUUUAUGUCCGAGAAAUCCAAAGAAAAAUGUAAUAUCGGGGAGAAUGUCUUACCAACAAACGUUUCCUGUAGAAUAUCCCUACCAAAGUGUUUAGAUUGCAUUGCAGGAGGUAAGGAUGUGCUUUUGUCUUUUUAGUUCUUGACGAAGAGCAAUGUAGUGGGAUGUUAGUUUGUACUUGACAUUUUACUAAAAACCAAUGAACUUCUUCUCGUGGUUGGUGGGCCACUGGCUUUCCAUUUUUUUGAAGUUUACAGUAGUUUCUCAAGAGUGUCUUUUGGUUUCUUUCUUUGUCUGCAGAGAGACUUUGAAGUUUUUCCGAAGGACUAAUUUAUUUUAGUUCAGACCAAAAGAAAACCGCAUAGCGAGUGUUGUAGUUUCUUGUGUUACAUGUCGACCAUACUUGGAAAGCUUACUGAAUAAGGAGGAAUUGAUGCACUGGAUUGCUUAUUAGCCAUCAGCCCCAAAUAAAACCUUGUUCUAAAACCAUGCUAAGUUACAUGGCGUCAAGUAAAAAAUCAUUAUCAUUUAUUCAUUCGAGGUAUUAUGUAAAGUAUGCAUGUUGAAAAGAAUUUAAGGUUAAAAUGCUGAUAAUUGUGUCGGGUGAAUGUUACAUGAUCAGUGUUGGGUAAACGCUAAUUUAUAGUUCAAUGCUGAAUUCUUCGCUGCCAUCUCCAUUUCAUAACUCGGUUGCAGAUGAAUUAUUUCGCCAAUCCCAGUGUAUCACAUUCCAGGAGUAAUUCUUAGCCUUCUUAAUGUAAAAAAAAAAGUCUUAAUGGCAUUCCUUUUUUGGGAUAUAUAUUUCUGGUUCUUUCUCCUGAGUCUUGUGUUUGUGCUUGCUAAUGAUGAACUUUUGGGUUCAGCUAUAGUCGUGUUAAUGUUUACAGACGUCUUUUUCCUGGAAUCCUUUUGGUCUUGAAUUUGCCUGCUCAAACUUCGUUUUUUAAGUUUAAAGUUGUCUCCGUUAGUUAUUCAGAAUCAAUACACUGGAGACAUGUAAACCGUUUAUAAACUCAUUCCAUUUACAUUCAGUAUUCAUGUGAUUUCAGCAUAGCACCAAAACUAACCCAAAUAGCCAAUUAUAUUUAACAAUGCAAGUCACCAAAAUGUCUUAUUUUCUAAGUUGUGCAUAUCUUUCCAUGUUAGAUUUUGUUUUGUUACAGUAUAAGUGCGCUCUGGCGUUGAUACACACCUCAACUCAGGGAGACUUGUUCAAUAUUUUUUGUUGUCAAAUGUACUGAACAGGAUUCCAGGAAAAAGUUCCCAUUGAUAUCUUGCUAAUUUACGAACACUUAAUUUGAAUACCAUCAAUGAACGAUAUCUUGGGUGCUACGAGGCUCUGUUGUUGAUUCCAUCGUUUGAGACUAUAGCUGAGAGAACUGGGAGAGCAGAAAAAGGAUGACAAAAAUGUUCAAACUGUGACAAUAAUGUUUCUACUUCAAAGCUUCAGGGAUAGUUCUGCAUAUUUUGAAAUGCAGAGCUUUCGACUACAUUUGUAAGACUGUGUCAAUACUGUGUCAAUUUCUGUAUUUUAUUGAUGAAAAGCAAAACACUAGUUUCCUACGAAAUAGAUUUUACGAGUGUGUUCCCAUUUCAAAACGCCUUCAAAAAAAAAAAAAAAAAAGAAAAGGAAAAAAAAAACCCAUCAAAAAA